CAUUACGACACUGCAAUUGGUGAAAUAAGCGAUACUUUACGAGCAAAAGUGAUUGUAUCGUCCGUGGAUGAUUAUACUGUUAUAAUAUUCCUAUAACUUCCCCAUAUUAAUGUGACGUCCCAACACUCGACCGAAGUUCAGUGUUCAAUUCAAGGUUUCAAUAAAAUCCUUCCAAGCGCCUGUCGAUUCGGCUUGCGCGGUAGAUACCGCAUGACGUUUCACUCCAGUCAGUGUUUAGCUCGCGUCGGCUCCCAACGCGUUGCGGUGUUUGUGCUACCGGUAUAUCGGCAUGGCAGCAGGAUUCGUGGGCUCCACCAAGAGCUUCCCCUUCUCCUUCGAUGUGGACGUUGAGGAGGAGGAACCGGCUCGGAACACGCCGCAUCUCAGCAAAAGAAUAGGCAGCGAGAGCCCCACGAGCGCGGUGGGCGCGGAGGCCCCGCGCGAGCUGCCCAACGAGCUGUCGGCGCCGUACGAAGUGCCGCAGUUCCCCAUAGAGCAGAUCGAGAAGAAGCUGCUCAUCCAGAGGCAGCUCAACGUCAAGGCAGCAGAAUGCGGGCAGUCAACACGCUCGUUUGGUGGCAGCGAGGUGGGCGGCGCGGCGGCAGUGUUCGAGGACGCAGCGCGUCUGCGGGUUGAUGACGAGGACUUCGACGUGAUCUUGCCGCACUUCCAGCGCGUGGCCAUCAGCGGGGAGGACACCUCGGGGGUACCUCUGGAAGAUCUCCAGCAGGCGUCCUCCUACCUGGUGCAGGCGCUGGAGAUCCGCAAGCGCUACAUGGACAUGUCUCAGCAAAGCUUCGCCACCAUCACAGCGCGCUUCCUGCGCACCAUCGACUCCGACACGCCCUACAACCACUCGGCCAACGUGAGGGUGCCCAAGAGCCAUAUUGCUGACCACAUCGUCCACCCUCCGUUCAAAGACAAGGACCCGUGGGAGUGCCACAUGCCCGAGCCGAAGGACUACAUCAUCCGGUCGGACGGCGGCGUGUUCAACCUCUACCGGAGCACGGAGCACGGCGAGCAGCGCGUGCCCUACGAGUACGUGCGCCUGUCGCAGUACAUCCAGGACAUGAACACCAUGUGCAACAUGAUCGCUGACGGACCACUCAAGUCCUUCUGCUACCGUCGCUUGUCCUACCUGUCGUCGAAGUUCCAGCUGCACGUGCUGCUCAAUGAGCUUCGAGAGCUCGCUUCUCAGAAGGCAGUGCCUCAUCGCGACUUCUAUAACAUAAGAAAAGUGGACACACAUAUUCACGCAGCAUCGUGUAUGAACCAGAAGCAUUUGCUUCGUUUUAUUAAGAAAACUCUCAAAAAACAUGCGGACGAGGUGGUAACACUGCACAAAGGUACACCGAUGACUCUGAAGGCAGUUUUCCAAUCCAUGAACCUCAGUACUUAUGAUCUUACAGUUGACAUGCUGGACGUCCAUGCGGAUCGUAACACUUUCCAUCGCUUUGACAAGUUCAACGCUAAAUACAACCCUAUCGGCGAGAGCAGACUGCGUGAGGUGUUCCUCAAGACUGACAACUAUAUGAACGGGAAGUACUUCGCCAGGAUCAUUAAGGAAGUAGCAUCUGACUUGGAAGAGAGCAAGUAUCAGAACGCAGAACUGCGGCUGUCAAUUUACGGCAAGAGUCAGGGAGAGUGGGCGAAGCUGGCCAAGUGGGCGAUACAGUACGACGUGCACUCCAACAACGUGCGUUGGUUGUUACAGAUUCCGCGUCUAUACGAUAUUUUCAAGUCGAACAAAAUCAUGAACAACUUCCAAGAGUUCCUCAGCAACAUCUUCUUGCCGCUGUUCGAAGUCACCAGAGACCCAAAUAGUAACAUUGAACUUCAUAAGUUCCUAACGCACGUCGUGGGAUUCGACAGCGUGGACGACGAAUCCAAGCCCGAGAACCCGAUAUUAGACGCGGACGUGCGAAUCCCAGCAGAGUGGGACGACGAGGAGAACCCUCCCUACGCCUACUACCUCUACUACAUGUAUGCUAACAUCACCGUGCUUAACCACUUCCGGAAGGAGCAGGGCCUCAACACGUUUGUGCUGCGCCCGCACUGCGGCGAGGCGGGCCCCGUGCAGCACCUGGUGUGCGGGUUCAUGCUCGCUGAGAACAUCUCGCACGGACUGUUGCUUCGAAAGGUGCCAGUUCUGCAGUACCUGUACUACCUGGCGCAGAUCGCCAUCGCCAUGUCGCCGCUCAGCAACAACUCGCUGUUCCUCAACUACCACCGCAACCCGCUGCCCGAGUUCCUGGCGCGCGGGCUCUGCAUCACCCUCAGCACGGACGACCCGCUGCAGUUCCACUUCACCAAGGAGCCGCUGAUGGAGGAGUACAGCAUCGCGGCGCAGGUGUGGAAGCUGAGCUCCUGCGACAUGUGCGAGCUGGCCCGGAACUCUGUGCUCAUGUCCGGCUUCCCACAUGAGAUGAAGCAGUACUGGCUGGGCCCGUACUACCAGAAGGAGGGCGUGGCGGGCAACGACAUCACGCGCACCAACGUGCCCGACAUUCGCAUCUCCUUCCGCUACGAGACCCUGCUGGACGAGCUCACCAACAUCUUCAAGGAAGGGAUGUCGACUCCGCGAUAAAUGAAUACGAAGGAGAAGGAUGCAAUCCAUUUAAUGUUACCGUUGUGAACUAAUAUGUAAUCGUAACUAGUUAGAUACUUAAGGUUUUCUGAGGUAAUCACGGAAAUGGGAAAAUUCCGAAAAAUCCGUAUCAAACCAGCCAAUAGCAGAAUGCUUCAGACGUUUAACGAUAGUAAUGGCAUAGACAAUAACACUAUAGGUACAAAAAUACUUUUUCGGAAUAUCCCCAUAUUCUUUAUUACCCCAAAAAUACCUUAUUUAAUAUUUUGUUCUAUUCCAAAGCACCUUGAAAGGUUGCCCCAAUUAUGCUAAGUGUGGACCCUCUUUCUUAAUAAAUGUUCUUCAUUUGUUGUCUUUAACCAAUCAUUCGAAAAUUUUAUACAAGAACGUUGCAAUGUUUUUGUCAUCGUAAUAUAAGCAGAUUGCUUGAUUAAUUGAUACCUUAAAGAUACACACUUAAUAUUAUUCAUUUAUGAAUCGUGCUCUUUUUUCAAAUCAUAUAUAACACUUUGCAUAUAUUAAGAAAGUGGGACCUAUAUAUUGGGUGCAAAUUCGGUUGUACAUAAAUUUCAAACUUAUAUAUCUCUGGUAGUUUAGCCUUAAAUAUUUUCAUGUUGAAGGGCUUCAAAAGGUUUCAGAAAGGUUUUCACUUAGUAGAUACAGAAAGGGAAUUUUAGUGUGGUUAAAAAUUAAGUACUUUAAAUUGUAAUUCUGCUAUUAAGACUGAUUCUAUUACGAAUCUUAAUGUUUAUGUGCAACUGGAUUUGCGUUAAUGUAAUGUAUAUUUCCCUCAAUGUGAUAAUUCGGACUGUAAGAUUGAAAGUGCCAUUUUGCAGUAGUUUUAGUGGUCCCCGCGAGUGUGCCUAGCUAUGACUUAGGUAUAGAUGACUGACAAUACGAAAUCCUCACCGAAAUCUGCCUUUGAACCCUAUAGUUUGGCUUUACGAGUAUCAUAAGGACUUCGUAGCAUUUCAAUGACGUCUUUAAUAUAUUUUUUUAAUAACCAGCUAGAUGGAUGAGCAGGCUGAUAGAUCUAGCUGAUAUCUCACUUGUUAAUGAAGGACUACCGUCUAUAACAGAGCAACAACUAAAAAGACUUGUAGCAUUAAGGCACGUCGAUUUUCUUUCUACCUACAAACGGGAAAGACAGAUCCUUUCGAUAACUUAAUUACGUAACCAUACAUUUUUUAAUUAAUCCCCGACGCAAAAAGAAGGAGUGUUAUAAAUUUGAUCUGUCUCUCUGUCUGUCUGUGGCACCAUAGCUCCUGGACGGAUGAAGCGAUUUCAAUUUAGUUUUUUUUAUAUGAAAGGUGACUUAUGGGUGAGUGUUUUUGAAAAUCGGUUGAGCCGUUAAAAGUUCUGGGGGUUAAAAGUGGGGAAGAAUAACCGAAUGUCUGCAAAUAUACUCGAGUGGGGUCUUAAAUGAAAGCGCACUGAAGGAGAAUAUUGACGACUUGAUCGAGAGUGUAAUUAAUAAUUUCAUUCUAAAACUUCGAGGACUUUUUCAAAAUUUUCAAUUUUUCAUGUUAUUUUCGAAGCGUUUCCGAUUGUAGAAAGAGAAUCGACGUGCCACAUGGCAACAGAUCCUGCAAUGUAAACAACCUAUAAAGUGCUCUGUUUUAGUUUUGAAUUGGAGGCAUAGGUGUUGUGUUAAGCCUUAAGUGACUGUUAUUUGACCGACAAUCAUCCCCAUAAGGCCUUCCAACAGCAAAAUGCUUUGCAGCCAAUGCUUAGGAUGCUGAUAGUUCUUCUCCAGACAAAGCCUAAAACCCUAUUUGCUAAAUAUUUUUUUUGUCUAUCUAGUUCACAGAACUCAUUUCAUUGACCAAAAUAGCACUAGAUAUAUUUACAAUACGAAAUAUUAAUAUAAAAUCAAAUGAAUCUUUUGUUGUGAAUCUAUUAUACUUUUAUUUUUAAUAUAAAUAUAUUGUUAAGUAAUUUAUUAAGAAAAUAUAUUUAUUUAAGAAUACAAUCAUUUUUAUAUUUCUAAACAAGUUAUUUAAAUAUGUCCUAACUCUUGAGACUUACAGUUAAAGUGAUUUGGGGUAAUUUUGAAAAUAGGGAUUAUUACAUAAUUUAUGAUCCUAGAUAUUUUUUACAAACUAAUAAUUUUUACAGUGGAAAUAUAAUUACAUAUAGAAAUACAUGUUUCUAACAGUUUUUGUUUUUAUUAGGUCAAUCGAAUCUGUCGUAAAAAAGGGCUUCCUCAAGGAUCAUUAUUAGGGCCAUUUCUAUUUCUCAUUAACAUUAUUGGUGUUUUUUUUAUCAAGGUAAAAAUAUUCACUGGAUUUAUUUGCAGAUAUUUAAUAGAAAAGAAAAACAUUUUGACGAUGUAGGUAUACAAUUUGUGGUCAAUAUGAAAAACAAAAAGAGUAACGAAUAGACGUGUACAGAAAUACUUCUGUGGAAAUCUCUACGCAACUACCCCAAAUCACUAUGUAAUAGUUUAUUUCCUCAUGAUCGUAACUAAUACUAAUAUUAGGCAUUUUUAUGUAAAUAGAAUCAUUUUGUUACAGUGUUAUGUUGUUGUGUUAAUUAUUCCAUUUUUGUGAUAUAUAUCAUCUAUUAACUAAAUUUAAUAAUUUAUAGUCUUACUAUAAUUUCAAUUGCUUUACUAUGUUCAACUAUUCAAUGUUUGACCUAUAUUAUAAUUCUUAUAAUUCCCUUGCUAAAAUAUUAAAAACCAUGCCUAUUAACUGAAUAUCUUUUUAUUUCUAAUAAUAUAAUUAUGUAAAUCGUUAUACUAUUAAGCUUAUACGUAUAAUUGAUUAUUUAAAUUCAAAAUGACACUAUACAAAGUAUAAGAAUUUGACAAUGUAUCAAUUAUACACUUUUACAUUGUAAUAUAUGAUACCUACUAGAUAGAAGAGUGAAUAUUAUCAUGUUGUUGGAAAUAAAGCUCAUAAUAUUA